AUGCACUCUGAUAUCAGGGAUUUUUUGCGCAUCAUAGGGGCAUGCAUCCUAGGCGAGAAGCUGAGAGCGCUUCUGGUUGCACAUGGUUCUUGGGACAAGGUGGAGGUUACUGUCAAGGAGUGGCACGAGCGCAAGAAGCAAACAAAGGAUACUGGAGGGUACAAAACUAAGCAGUGGCUGAUGGACAAUCGGACUAUGGCGGACAAUGCUUUCGAGUGGGCCCGUGCUCGGGGCAGAUUGCGCAAAAACAAGAUCCAUGGUGAAGAAGAAGCUGACAUCCCCUACGACCAAGAAUGGACCCGCAGCAUCGAGUCAGGAACACGUAUGGAAUUUGUGGGGACUGCAGAAAUGGAGGUGCCUUGCUAUAAUGUUUCUUGCGUACAUAUGCUAUAUCCCCUAAUUAAUUUGCUGGCCUUACAUAAUUAA